AUGGCUUUCCGUUUCCGUCUGCGGCAUGGCUUUCGCUGUGCCUGGAGGCCUGCCGGAGCGUGGCGGACGCGCUCCUUUUCCACAGGUAGUCUUCCAGGUGAAGCCUUAGCGCCCGGGAUGCCGGGAGGUGCUGCCAAGUUGAGUGACAUAGCAAAGGUGCCGCUACUCAUCAAGGAGUCGCCCGUGCGGGUUCGAGAGAUUUGGCUCGAGAGGUUUCAGGACAAUCCUUUGGCAGUUGCUGGGGCCUUAACGGAUCAAGAUUUUCGAUCGCUGAAGGCCAAUGCCGAGGCUUGCCCGAUGUUCGUGGUGCCGCUUCCUCGUGGUGAGGGCUAUGCCAACCUGGUGUGGCAGGCACAGGGAAAUCGAGUUCUCUUCAAAACAUUGGAAGGGUUCCAGCAGAACUCCCCGGUGAUUGAUUUGGGCGUCAACUUUUUUACUGAGCUGUUGAUGUCUCAUCAGCUGGUUCUCCUGCGGGGUGAGAUCAAAUCCAACCUGCUCUCCAAGGAUGAAGCUGCGAAAAUGGUGCGCUUCAUGCGGGAAGCAUAUUGCGACCCCACGCUUUUCGGCUGGGUGAAACGUGGACGUCUUAGAGCGUUGGCAAUCGAUGUGAAGCGAGAGCGUGAAAAAAGCGACAAAAAAGCAGAUGAGGGUGCCAUCUAUGCAGCUGCGCAAGUGAUUCCAGAGCUCUUCUUCAUGCCAGACCAAGUGUUCCUUCGACAUGUGGCACUGGGCAUCAUUGCAGAAGAUCCCCUGGCAGAGGAACUCGCGGUGGAGGUGGAUGAAGAGGAAGAGCUGAUGCGAGAAGCAUUGGCAGAGGUGGCCGCAGCUGCGGCAGCCAUCCCAGAUGUGGCUGAAGAUGAUCCACUGCAGAUCAAGGCUCCCAACGGCAAUGCUGGGGCAGCAGCGCAGCAGGCCAAAGCCGCGGGAGUGGACCCCAACUUCUUCAACUUCUCCGGCUUCGUGGCCAAACAGCCUCCGGACUUUGUCGACGUCGGGCCGCCAGCGAAGAAGCCCAAGCUGGUACCUUCUUGGCUCACCGAAGGUGCAGCAGUUCGGAUCCGUGGCGACUGUGGCGACGCAGAGCUCCCCGGAGCCAUUGUGAAGGUCAAAGGUGAGACCUGCCAGGUGCAGGUAGAACGGGAAGCGAACGGAGCCACUGAAGUGGUGGAGGAAGAGCUUCCCUUUUCGGCGUUAAUUCCGGUGGUGCCGGAAAUUGGCUCCUCCGUCAAGGUGGUGGCCGGGGACCGUAUUGGCUGCACAGGUAAAUUGGUGGGCCUUGCCGGCCCUGAAGCGGUGGUGCAGAUUGGAGGGUCCGCUCGUGGGUUGCGAAGCUGGUAUGAUUCAUGCAACUGA